AUGCUCACGAACUGUCAAAUUAACAAUUUCAAACUAACCCGUCAAAUCGGGUCGGGUGCUUAUGGGCUUGUAUUCCAUGCAAUAGAUUUAAUUACUGAAAACGAAUAUGCUAUCAAAGCUGUGGUAAAGGAUGGAGCAUCGCGCGAGAUAAAGCAGGCCACAAUGUUACAAACCCAGUUGUACUACUACUUCAAAUCGUUCCAAAAUCGCUUGUAUUUACCUGCAAUCGCAUUGGACUCGAUAAGCACAUUAAGCGAAGAACAGCUGCAACGCGCACCUCAUUACCGCGAGAUUGCCUUGCAUUUGCAAGUACACGCUCAUCCCAACGUGGUAACGGUGCACCAGGUCUUAGAGUCGCCUUUGGCCACGUUUCUAGUACUAGAUUACUGCGAGCGCGAUCUCUUCACAAGUAUUGUGGACCACCAACAUUUUGCCAACGAUGGUGCACUUGUCAAGCAAGUAUUUUUGCAGCUCUGUUCGGUGUUGCAGCACUGCCAUGCCCGUGGCGUAUAUCACUGCGACAUCAAGCCAGAAAACAUUCUUCUAGACGCACAUGAUAACAUGUACCUGUGCGAUUUUGGACUCAGUACAACUGCUAAACAGCUACCUGCUAACGUAUCGCUUGGGUCUAGUUACUACAUGGCUCCAGAGCGUUUGUCUUGCCCGUCGUCUUUGCAACUCGAUGGUAACGCUCCUGGCACGAUUCUAUUUCCAACAUGGGCCGGUGAUGUAUGGUCUCUGGGGAUUAUUUUGAUAAACCUAACGUGUAUCCGUAACCCGUGGCUAAAAGCACAUCAGCUCGAAGAUAACACUUUCAGCUAUUUCGUACGCGACCCCAAGGUACUACACAAGAUUCUGCCAAUUUCAGAUCAGCUGUUUGAUAUUCUGAAAGAUAUACUGCAACUCAAUCCCAUCGCGAGGGCAACUCUGCCGAACAUCAUGGAUCGUGUCUCUCUCUGUACAUCUUUCACCACAUCGGGUCCAUUGAGCCACGUCGUCCCGCUUAGUGAUCCCGAAAUCCACACCUAUCUUACCAACCAUAGAGGACUUACCAUUCAACAAAUGUUGCACAAUUACCACUCCGACGAGGAACUCAGCCGCUCCGACAACGACACCGAGCCCACAAGCGAAGAAGACUGCUCCUAUCACCAACGCUUUGGGACUGCAAGAGCUAAUGAUAGCAAACGUCUUGGAGAACAGCAAAGCCAUCCAAGCUCCAACGACUACGAUCAGCACAACACAUUCACCUCCAAGUCCCCUAAUACAAGCUUGUCUACCGACCUACCCACCGACUUUGGAUUGAACGUGUUGACCAAAAACAUGUCUGUUGUCACUAACUAUUCGACUCACAGCCGUUGGCUGCCGCAAUACUAA